UGCGACCACCCCCCACCCGAACUCUGCCAACGUCACCGCAGGCAGAGGGAGAGCAGAAUGCACAUGGAAGCCGUGUUGAAGUUUUCUUCUCAGCAUCCUAAGCCUGCUGGUCUUAUUCUCCAGUAUGGCACUGCUGGUUUCCGCUCCCGAGCUGAACAUCUGGACCAUGUUAUGUAUCGCAUGGGCUUACUGGCUGUGCUGAGGUCCAAGAAGACCAAGUCUGUUAUUGGAGUUAUGGUCACUGCAUCUCACAACCCUGAGGAAGACAAUGGUGUAAAACUUGUGGAUCCCUUGGGAGAAAUGCUGGCCCAGGAAUGGGAAGUGUAUGCCACCGACUUGGCCAAUGCGGAGGAGCAGGGAUUGCCGAGUGUGCUGAAUGACAUAAUCCAGAAGGAGUCUAUCGAUAUUAAACAAGAGGCAUUCAUAGCCAUUGGGAGGGAUACAAGGCCAAGUAGUACGGUCCUGUCCAGUGCAGUGAUUGAUGGCGUAACUGCAUUAGCCUCCAAGUUCCAUGAUUAUGGCCUGGUGACUACACCGCAACUGCACUAUGUUAUUUGUUGUCGAAACACUAAUGGAAGAUACGGGCAACCAACAGUCGAUGGAUACUACCAAAAACUGUCAAAGGCAUUUAAUGAUUUGGUCAAACAGGACCCCGGCUGUGGAGAUAAAAGCAUCUGCCUCACUGUGGAUGGAGCGAACGGUAUUGGUGCUCUGAAGCUGAAGGAGAUGGAGCAGUAUCUACAGUCAGCUCUGUCGGUGAAACUUUACAAUGACGGUUCCGAAGGGAAACUGAACUUCCAGUGUGGGGCUGACUAUGUGAAAGUGCAGCAGAAGCCUCCAGAGGGUAUUGAAAAGAAGCCUGGUGAACGUUGUUGCUCAUUUGACGGAGACGCUGAUCGUAUAGUUUACUUCUACAAUGACGACGCUGGUAACUUUCAUCUACUUGACGGAGAUAAAAUUGCCACUUUGAUAAGUACUUUCAUCAAAGAACUUUUGGUGCAGAUUGACCUCAACUUAAAAAUGGCAGUCGUGCAAACCGCAUAUGCCAAUGGGAGUUCAACUCGUUAUUUGGAGAAUGUUAUGAAGGUUCCUGUGUAUUGUGCCAAAACCGGUGUGAAGCACCUACACCAUAAAGCUCAAGAGUUUGAUAUUGGAGUGUAUUUUGAAGCGAAUGGACAUGGAACAGUACUGUUUAGCAGGACAGCAGAAGAACAAAUCAGACAGCUUGUUAGUUCAGAGAUCACUGAUGACAAACGGAAGGCUGCCAAAAUGCUCGUAAACACUAUUGAUCUGAUUAACCAGACGGUUGGCGACGCCAUUUCUGACAUGUUGGUAAUUGAAGCCAUUCUGUGUCUCAAACGUCUAACUGUGCAAAAGUGGGAUGAGAUCUAUACUGACCUCCCUAAUCGCCAACUUAAAGUCAAGGUGGCGGACAGAAAAGUAAUCGAAACUACUGAUGCCGAGAGGCGCACUACGACGCCUGCUGGCCUGCAGGAGAAAGUUGAUUACCUGGUCAAGAAUUACAAUUUGGCAAGAGCAUUUGUCCGACCUUCAGGAACAGAGGAUGUGGUUCGUGUAUAUGCUGAAGCAGACACUCAGGAGAAUGCAGAUGCUUUGGCGUAUGAAGUGAGUUUAGCGGUUUAUGAACUGGCAGGAGGGGUUGGAGAAGUGCCCAAGCCUUUAAGAUGAACUGCAGCUGCUUGGUAUGGAAACGAGCAAAUUUGCACAUUUAGCCGGCAUAUUCCAUCUCGUCUUUUGAAAUCUGGAACUAAUUGCUUGUUAGAUGCAGCGGUGGAUGCAAGAAGGUGUAUGGUCUCUAUAUUAGUAGGCAAUAUAUUAUAAUUUCUAAACCCAAAUCAGCGGCAAAAGUUACAUUUACAAUGUUAAUGGAAUAGAUUUGAUUAAUAAAUAAUGGAACUUAAGAAAAAUAAAUAUACUAAA